AUGCACUUCAAAGCCUUCUGCACGGUCGUCAUCUCCGCGGUCUUUUUCGCGUUAGCAUUGGCAAAGGAUUCGCGUACCUUCGCCGUGAACCAUUUCUAUGGCAAUGGCGCCUUGACAAUGGGCCGAAUGGAUCCAAUUAUGGACCCUGGAAAGGCAGCUACGCACUCGCACGCCAUCCAAGGAGGAAGCAACUUCAAUCUCACCAUGACAGACGACGCCCUCAUAGACUCAAACUGCACCUCAUCCCUCGUCGACGCCGACAAGAGCAACUACUGGACUCCGUCGCUAUACUUCCAAGCCGACAAUGGCAGCUUCCUCUCAGUUCCAAUGUUCUACAUGAACGUCUACUACUUCUUCGAAGCAACCGACGACGAGAUCAAACCCUUCCCUGUCGGUCUGCGCAUGUUUAUCGGUAACAGUUCCCUACGCACACCACCCCCGGGUGGUGCCGGCAAUGUCCUCGACACAAACCAGGGAGCUAUUCAACCUGUCCAGUUCACAUGUCCCCGCUCUUCUUACGAUAUACCCUCCUACCCACCAGAUUCAGAUGGGCUCCGCGGCGUCGGUAUUCAAGAUCCAAAUAAUGCCGGAGCUGGCGCUGGGUUCCCGCAUAUGAACUGCGAUGGCUACGCGUCGCCCCUACGUGCCGAUAUUCAUUUCCCAUCGUGCUAUAAUCCUAAGGCUGGGCUACAUGACUACAAGACAAACAUGGCCUUCCCUAGUAGCAAGGGCACCACUGGUGGCAAGGCGAAUUGUCCAUUUGGUUGGAUCCACGUUCCUCAUAUCUUCUACGAGGUGUAUUGGAAUACGCCGCUGUUUGCUGAACUGUGGACGGAGGGUACUGGCUCGCAGCCUUUUAUUCUCAGUAACGGCGAUCGGACGGGGUAUUCACUUCAUGGUGACUUUAUCUCUGGAUGGGAUGAAUCGGUCUUGCAGAAGAUCAUUGAUAACUGUGAUGCUGGGGAUUCGGGAAUGGACAAGUGCGCCGAUGCUGGUUUCAUCAAUGACGCCUCAACUACAUGCAACAUACCCAAUCUGGUUCCCGAGCUGGUCGAUGGCGUUCUUGAAAAAUUGCCUGGAAAUAACCCGCCGACCGGUUGGGGACAGGGUGGAGCGGAUGGGGCUUCUAAGCAAAAAGUCAAGAGACACAUUCAUGGGCACUCGCGUGGAAAGCAUGCUUAA